CAUCACAAAAAUCUGGCAUUUUAACAGGGGUGUGUACACUUUUUUAUAUCGAUUGUAGCUGUUUUUGCAUUCAGUCCGUACUGCACAAGGAGAGCACUACUCGGAGCUGUAUGUUGGAAAUGAGUGUGCAGACUUUUCCUUUUUAUCUUCUGGGAUUUUGAAUUUCAUUUUUUGUGUGAAUUGCGGCAUGUGGAGGAAUGUAGGAUAAGAUGUUUAUAGGCAUGACUUUUUUUAGAAUCAAAAGCAAAUAAUGAAUUAUCGUGUGUUAUUUUUUAAAUUCUACUAAGUUUUUACGCAUUUCACGCACAGCUUGAGUAACUGUAAUUUAUGAUUUUUGUUGUAAUUUUUGCUUUUCUCCCAAGUUCAGUACGCCACCUGGUGGCCAAAUACUUAGGCUAUAACAACAACUACUACUACGCUAAUAACAAUAAGAACAAUGGCGUUUUCUCUAUAGAACUGACAUUAACACCUUACACGAUGCUCGAGAAAAUGAGACUUAAAGUCGCAUAAUAAUUUAUAUUUUCUAUAAUAUAUCUGCUCCUCGGUGAGAAUUGUUCUUUUUACAGCCAAAUGAUUAUGGUUCUUUUUAAAAAUGCACCGCGUCGCACUCUUUCAUAAUCCCAGAUGUGCCUUAUUACUGGUGUCUUUCCCAUAUGAUUUUGCUUCACGAUCCGCACCGGCUCCCCCAUGCCGCUCCUCACCUCCCCGCCCGCCUACCGGCCGCGGACUCCAGUUCGGCAGAUAGCAGUAGCGAGUCUGCGCCGUCCUGCCACCGGAUCCGGGGAACUUGCGUCAUUUCUCUUUGCACCGCCCGGAUCCUCCCCAUGUGGACGGGGCCGCCUUCCUUCCGCGAAGCGUACCCCGGAUCCGGCGUUCUUUUCAGCCUGAGCCCCGCAGCCUCGGCCCGGCCGGCGAUGGAGUGCCCGCAUCUCAGCUCCAGCGUCUGCGGCGCCCUCGAUUCCUCCCGUUUCCAGAGCGGCUCGCCUUCCUCCUGGUGCUGCGGCGUUUGCCGGUCAAAUAAAAGCCCCUGGGUGUGUCUGACCUGCCUGAAUGUGCACUGUGGACGGUAUGUAAACGGACACGCCAAGAAGCAUUUUGAGGACUCGCAGGAGCCCGGCUGCCCACAAAAGAGGCAGUGUGAACGGCUGGACAAGCACAAGGACAGGGACAGGGCACAGCACUCCGUUUGCAUGGACUGCAGCAGCUACAGCACCUUCUGCUACCGGUGUGACGACUUUGUGGUGAACGACACCAAACUGGGGCUGGUGCAGAAGGUCAGGGAGCAUCUUCAGAGCCUCGAGAACUCUGCCCUGGCACUGGAUUGCCACCGGAAGAGGAAACUUCUGGAAAGCCCCUCCGUCACCAGUAAACUUGUAAAAGACAGUGGAGGGGGACCCUCUCAUACUGCCACCGGCCUCCGUAACCUUGGCAACACGUGUUUCAUGAACGCCAUCCUGCAGUCCCUCAGUAAUAUCGAGCAGUUCUGCUGCUACUUCAAAGAGCUGCCUGCAGUUGAGUUACGCAGCGGUAAAACGGCCGGGAGGAGGAUGUAUCACACACGGAGCCAGGGGGACACCAGCGUCUCGCUGGUGGAGGAGUUCCGGAAGACUCUGUGCUCGCUGUGGCAGGGCAGCCAGACGGCGUUCAGCCCAGACUCCCUGUUCUACGUCGUCUGGAAAAUCAUGCCAAACUUCAGGGGCUACCAGCAGCAGGACGCCCACGAGUUCAUGCGCUACCUGCUAGAUCACCUCCACCUGGAGCUGCAGGGGAACCACAGUAAGGCGGCCAGCGCGGCGCUCACCCAGGACGGGCUGCAGUCCUCCUUGGCAGGAAAAUGCUGCAUAAACGGCACGUCGACGGUGGUGACGUCUGUCUUCAGCGGGGUGCUGCAGAACGAGGUGAACUGCCUGAUAUGUGGCACGGAAUCCAAGAAGUUUGACCCGUUUCUUGACCUCUCCUUAGACAUUCCAAGUCAAUUCAGGAACAAGAGAACAAAGAAUCAGGACAGUGGACCAGUCUGCACCCUGCAGGACUGCCUGCGCAGUUUCACGGACCUGGAGGAGUUGGACGAGACGGAGCUCUACAUGUGCCACAAGUGUAAAAAACGACAGAAAUCCACAAAAAAGUUCUGGAUCCAGAAACUGCCAAAGGUCCUCUGUCUACACCUGAAGCGAUUCCAUUGGACGGCGUAUCUCCGGAACAAGGUGGACACUUACGUGGAGUUCCCACUGCGGGGCCUUGAUAUGAAGCGCUAUUUACUAGAGCCUGAGAACAUCGGGCCAGAGAGCUGCGUGUAUGACCUGGCUGCUGUUGUCGUCCAUCAUGGUUCUGGGGUCGGGUCCGGCCACUACACGGCAUACGCCAGCCACGAGGGUCGCUGGUUCCACUUCAACGACGGCACGGUAACGCUGGCCGACGAGGAGACCGUGGCCAAAGCCAAGGCCUACAUCCUGUUCUACGCGGAGCGCCCGGGCCGGUCCGGGGCCGAGCCCAAGCUGUGACCAGCACCGCUGCCUUCCGGCGGCUUCCCCGGCCGUGUUCACAGCCACACACGACCCAGAUGACUUACCUCCAUUCCUCGUGCACUUUUAUCAAGUUGCUCUUGUGAUUAUUGUUUUUUCCUUUUUUUUUUUUUUAUUACACACAUCUUUUAAUUGGGUGAGAGCCGUCUGCUUCAGCUGAAAGAUCGUUAGAAACUACACCUUUGUAGCGGUUUGUGUUACAUUCCCGUUGAAGCUCGUUAGAGAAAAUCCCUGUACCAUCAUGAAGAAUGUGUCUCAUAGACAGAGACUGGCAAGGCCUGCAGGACCUAUUUAUAACGCCUGAACCUAGUGGCAUUUUACAUGAUCCGUGAAACUAAUUCCAACACUUUUUGUUUACCACACUUCUGAAAGUAGUUUAGAUUACCCCUGCCCCCCCCCCUACCCUAUCAGUGUUUUAAACUGAGUGCAGAUCAUGUACACUUCAGACUGAAAGGCCUUUUUUUCCCCCACUAGUAUUCUUAAUUUCUCAGUGGCACAGUCGCAGUAGGGGGGGGGGGGGGCUAAAGCAGCAGCACACCGGCUGACAGAGGCUGCCUUAUGGGGGGGGGGUCAGGAGCCAGCGUGUCAGCCGGUGACCCCACACGCAGGAUUAGUGUGUAUCUGAACGUAGGACAUUGCGGUGAUGUCAUCAGCUGCUCCCACAAGCGCAUCCGCCUCAGAAACUUGCUGGGUUAAUAUCAGUACAAAUAUCCCAAUAACAUCCCUUUUUUGAACAUACUUGGAUUUAUUAAAUAGUGUAAACUGUUGAAUUUUGAUUUCUUAGAAUCUUUUUUGACUGGGUAGUUUCAUUUCUGAAAUGUGAAUAAUUGCUCAUUAUUGUGCUGCUCCUGCACGGUAAUCAGAUUUUGGAAUAAAUUACCCAGGUACACUAAGAACCUCAGUCAAGCUUUUGCGCCAGUGCAAAAAUAUUUUUUAAAAUAAAAUGUUUGAAUUCUG